GCACAGCCUGUGUGAAAGGCACUUUUCCGUUCUGGUAGAGAAUAAAGGUAUACGUAACUUGGUCUAAAUGUAAGCAGCAUUGUGAGCACAGCUUUUUUUAUGAAGUAGUUUGGCAGGGAGGAACAGCAUGCAAUUAGAAUUAGUUAGCUGCUGUGCCGGCAACGGCCCCUCCCCCUCCCGUUCCGAUGUCUGUGGGUGAAGGGAGUAAAUGCUCCUGAUUUCUUCAGUAGUGCAGGCUAGUUUAGAAGUUACAUUGGCACAGUUAUGCCGGACCUCAUAGGCAUCCGGCACUCAAACUCUCACUGUCGUAUUAUGGUAUUUCUGUGACAGACCUAUUCCUUGCAUCCGGGUGCUACGUGUUCUUUUCAACGCUGUGCGUCAGAUCUUUCCCAGGCAAUCACCUGCUAAGCCUGUUGUUAUUGGAACUUGGAAGGCUCUCUGCUGCCAACUAGCGCCCAAUCACCGGAACUGUCUGUAAAGUACGUGUCAGUACCCAGAAGGGGGAGCGAAUAGAUUCAGCUGAAUUAUUCAGUGCCAGCCCCAGAGAGGACAACAUGCCUGCUGUGGAUAAGCUGCUGUUGGAAGAGGCUUUGCAAGACAGCCCCCAGACUCGGUCCCUACUCAGCGUAUUUGAGGAAGAUGCCGGAACUCUUACAGACUAUACAAAUCAGCUGCACCAGACAAUGCAGCGUGUAUAUGGGGCACAGAAUGAAAUGUGUUUGGCAACACAGCAGCUCUCCAGACAGCUCCUUGCUUAUGAAAAACAGAACUUUGCGCUAGGUAAAGGUGAUGAAGAAGUCAUAUCAACUCUUCAGUAUUUUGCAUCUGCAAUAGAUGAGCUGAAUGUGCUCCACACAGAACUUGCAAAACAUCUAGCUGACAACAUGGUGCUGCCUUUAAUCCAAUUUCGUGAAAAGGACCUCACAGAAGUAAGCACAUUAAAAGAUCUUUUUCUAAUUGCCAGCAACGAGCAUGAUUUGUCAAUGGCAAAGUACAGCAGACUGCCAAAAAAAAGAGAAAAUGAAAAGGUAAAAGCUGAAGUUGCAAAAGAAGUGGCAUCCACAAGAAGAAAGCAGCACCUCUCCUCCCUACAAUACUAUUGUGCCUUAAAUGCUCUUCAGUACAGGAAAAGAAUAGCAAUGCUAGAUCCAAUAUUAGGAUAUGCUGAAGGCCAGAUUUCUUUUUUGAAGAAAGGAUCUGAAAUAUUUUCUAAGAAAAUGGAUGGAGUUAUUUCUUCUAUGUCAAGUAUGAUUCGACGGAUACAAGGAGAAUUAGAUGCAGAAGCAGAAUCCAUGAGAAUUUCCCAACAUGAGUUGCUGUCAGUCAGUGAUUCUGUGUAUGUCCCAGAUUAUGAUGUUGCCUCACCUAAUAUCAACAGAAACCUCAUUCAGAAGGCUGGCUAUCUGAACAUGAGAAGUAAAACAGGCCUUGUAACCACAUCAUGGGAAAGAUUGUAUUUCUUCACGCAAGGUGGGAACCUCAUGUGUCAGCACAGAGGGGAAGUGGCUGGAGGAUUAAUUCAGGACCUGGACAACUGUUCUGUCAUGGCGGUUGAUUGUGAAGACAGGAGAUACUGUUUUCAGAUCACUUCUCCUUCUGGCAAAUCGAAUAUUAUUCUGCAAGCAGAAGGGAAGAGGGAAUAUGAAGAGUGGAUUUCUGCUAUCAACAACAUCUCCAGGCAAAUAUAUUUAACAGAUAAUCCUGAGGCAGUGGCUAUCAAGCUAAAUCAGACAGCACUACAGGCAGUGACUCCUAUCACCAGUUUUGAGAAAAAGACUGAAACUGCACAACCCGGCGAAAGUAUAAAAGUGACAGCACCUCAAAGUGCAACUUCUGGAAGUGCCACAGAGGAACCACUGCAUGAAUGUGAGCCAGAGCAGCUGAUUGCUCCUGGGACACCUAUUCAGUUUGAUAUUGUUUUACCUGCCACGGAAUUUCAGGACCAAAACAGAGGCAGCAGACGCACCAAUCCUUUUGGGGAGUCUGAAAAUAAAGAUGGAUCAGUUGCUGAUGAAGGGCUACUGUUGCAGCAGAUGUUUGUGGUUCGUUUCUUGGGCUCAAUGGCUGUUAAAUCCAGCUCUACUAACAAAGUCAUCUAUGAAGCCAUGAGACAAGUGUUAGCGGCUCGUGCUAUUCACAAUAUCUUUCGCAUGACAGAAUCCCACUUGAUGGUCACCAGCAAGAAUAUCAGAUUAAUAGACCCCCAAACACAAGUCACACGGAUAAGUUUUGACAUUGACAACAUCACCCAGUUUGCUGCUCAUCAGGAGAACAGGCGAUUGGUUGGAUUUGUGUUUUCGACUCCUGAAGCUUCCGGAGAAGGAUCACUCAGUGUUUAUGUUCUGGAGAGCAACACAGAGGGUGAAAAGAUCUGUAAUGCUAUCAACCUCGCCAAAGGAAUAUCUGCGGCACAGGAGAACCCAGAAGCAUUGGCGCUGCUCAGGUCUUCUGUUCCUUUAUCCAAUGAUGGAAAGUUUAUACUCCUGAAUGAGCAGACGGAGGAGAAUGGUCUUAUGGAUGGUAAAGAGGAACCAGAAUCAGAAGCCUAGCAUCUCUGUGUAAACUCUUCUCUCUUCUCUUCUGUUACUAUUUUAAUUACAGACUGUUGUGACACUUGGUGAAUCUGUACUAUUAAAUCAGUUAUUAAAGGGAUUAAUUUGGUAAUAGUAGCUGUUUGCACUUAACCUCAUAGAGAUGUGAGCUAAGCUCCUUGCUGUCAGUGAGCUCAUGGGAUAUUCUGCUCUAAGGAAGCAGAAGGUCCAGACUCCAGACUGGCUCCCUACCUACCAGCCGGCAUGGAUUUAGUGCGCAUCUCUGCACCAUAAAUUGCACUUUUGAUUAAAAGGGAUGUCCGCCCAAAUAAUGGUUGCAUAUGUUUUGCAUAAUGCAGAAAAUGUCAUACCAAGAAACUUCUCAAUAAUCAUUGAUUCAAAUCUUAGUGAUUUUACAUUCCUUUUGUAAAUGAAGAAGUGUAUGAAGGCAGUAUCUGCUCCCACCGUCAUUCUUUGGGUGGAAAUCCCCUUUAAACCAUUGUUACUUUUCUCUUGUGUAGUAUAAGGAACAAUUUAACUAUUUCUAUACACUACAUUUGCCUCUCCGCUCUUAUACAUUUAAUUUAGAGGAAAGUUAAUGGUUUAUGUACGCUCUAAUGCCUCAAAUUAAAGUGUUUUUUUUUUU